AUGGCAUCCAAAUCAUCUGCUACAAGCUAUGCUGGUGGCGUCGCACUGGCAGCACUGGGUACUCUGGCAGCUAUUUACCACGAUCGGGCCGUGUUUGAUGCACGACGACAAGACAUUGUCACACAACCAGGAUGGCCUCUUGUGGGUAAUUUGCCCAUUAUCCUCCAGUGGAAGGAUAUGAUCCACGAAUUCCUUGUAGAGGCAUUCACGUUUUUGAAUGAGCCAAACAUCACCGUAUCGGCACUUGGUAUUCCUCGAAUCGUGGGGACCGUUGAUCCACGCAACGUUGAACAUGUUCUCAAGAACAACUUUGAAAACUACGUCAAGGGACCUAUUUUUCGAGACGCCAUGAACGACUUGUUUGGUCAUGGUAUCUUCAAUGCUAACGGAGAAGAUUGGCGUUACCAACGUAAAACAGCGAGCCAUAUCUUUCAAGUGAAGAACUUUCGAGACCAUUUCACAAAGGUGUUUGUACAAGAGAUUGAGUAUAUGAAUGAGCACAUUUGGGACAAGGCUGCUGGCGAGAACCAAGUGAUGGAUUUCCACGAUAUCAUGUUCAAGUUUACACUCGACUCUUUUAUCCUGCUUGGUUUUGGUGUGAAUCUAAAUGCCCUUGAUUCCAAAGAGAAAUUGCCAUUUGCGUAUUCCUUUGAUGAAGCUCAAAAGAGUACAUUUCUUCGUUUCCUCAAUCCAUUAUGGCCCAUGACAGAGCGUAUUCAAAAGCUGCUAACACCAUGGCGUGCGGGUAUGCGCAAUCAUUUGCACACCGUCGACCAAUUUGCGCGUGAAGUGAUUGAACAACGACGACAAGAAAUGGAAACAGCGGAUCAUGUUGAUCGACAAGAUUUACUUUCACGCUUUAUGCAUGCCUCCAACGCUGAUGGCGAGCCUUUAAGCACCGACGAGCUGCGUGACAUUGUGCUCAACUUUGUCAUUGCCGGGAGAGAUACAACAGCACAGGCGUUGUCGUGGACAUUUUACAUGUUGAUGUGCCAUCCUCGUGUCGAGAGGAAGUUGUAUCAAGAAAUCUUGGAUCAUAUCGAUGAUUCUCAAUUGCAUGAUCCACCUGCUUUAUACGAAGCGAUCAAAGAUAUGAAAUAUGCGCACGCAGUGUUUUACGAGGUGCUACGUUUGUACCCUUCAGUGCCUGUGAAUGAAAAGUAUGCACUUGAUGACGACAUUUGGCCCGAUGGCACCCAUAUUCGAAAAGGCGAUUAUAUUCUAUGGGCACCCUAUGCUCAAGGUCGUAGUGCCAAUGUGUGGGGUCCCGAUGCAAAGGAAUUCAAACCAGAGCGAUGGUUCACUGAAACCGGUGACUUGAAGCGUGAGUCGCAAGGUCAAUGGCCAGCUUUUCACGCAGGCCCCCGCACUUGCUUAGGGCAACAUCUUGCAACGCUCGAGGCAUUGGUGGCCAUUGUCUUUUUGAUCAAACGAUACAAGUUUAGCUUAGCAUCAGGCCAAGAUAUCACUUAUCAAAUCUCUCUUACAUUACCCAUGAAGAAUGGUAUGAAGGUAGUUGUCGAGAAGCGACAUCAAUAA